AAGGUUACAAGAGAGUUCUCUCAUUACCUAUGCUCGAAGAAUUUAGGGAAAUCUGAAAUUGUUGUUCCGAGUGAGUUUUGAAGAAGUGGAGAUGGAUGCUGAAUCAUCGAACUCAACAAGCCUUAAGGGAAAAGCCAAAAGUUCUUCAGAGCGGGAAAUAGAUAUCUUUGCUGUGCAAUGUGCCGAGUGCCAAAAGUGGAGGAAGCUUAAUUCUCAAGAGGACUACGAGCUAGUCAGAAGUAGACAACUAGAGAAAGAGUUUGUGUGCGAAGAGUUAGAAGGUGUGUCCUGCGAAGAUGCUGGAGACAUAGAGUAUGACUCCUCCAACACAUGGGCUCUUGAAAAGCCUGGCUUGCCUGAGACACCAGAAGGGUUCAAGAGGAGCUAUGUUAUGAGAAAGGACUACUCGAAAAUGGAUGUGUACUACGUAACUUCUACUGGGAAGAAGUUCAAGACGCUCGCUGAGAUUGAAGCCUUCAUUGAGGCCAAUGAGGAGUUUAAGAAUGCACCACUUGAAGAUUUUAGUUUUACAGCACCAGAGGUAAUGGAAGACACUGUCCCCAAGCCAUCCAAGGAAGAUGAAUGAUUGAGCUACAAAGUGCUUAUGAGUCUCCAAGCUUCUUAUGCUGUUGAAGUUGGACUUAUGACUUAAGAAAUUAAAUGUUUUUUUUUUAAAAAAAAAGCCAUCGCUUUCACUAUGGUUGG